UGUAUUAAAUUAAAUAUUGUUAGGGUAGGGUAGGCUCAUGAUAAAGUGAGAGUGAGACAAUGCACAUAAUCCUCUUAGAAGACUUCAGGUAUUAUGCUGAUCCAUUGUGAACACUUGUCCUGUGUCCUACAUAACCCCGUGGCCAUCAUUGGUAACAAUUAGUUUGUGCCACAAUAACCAGCUGUGGAAAUCUGCUUUUGAAGAUUUUUGCACCCCUGACUUUGCAGACAUUGGUUUUGUGGGAAAAAGAGUUGAGGCUGACAUGAACAGCGCGGCUGAAGUUUUAGAUCCUGUCACACCAUGGUCUGCUGGGGAGAGAGCUGGACUUGUCCUCUGCUAAAGUCCAUUUAUGUAGCUUAAUUCUCCAUAGUCAGCAGCAUCACUGCUUUGGAGGGAAAUGUAUUGUACAAGAAGGAAGCGACUGCAGCUGAGCCGGGUCCUAUUUCUCCUCUCUGGGGUUUUUCUCUGUACCCUAUAUCAACUGACCAUCAGUGCCAGACUGUACGAGCCUUUGCCAAUGUCUCAGAUUGGAGAGGACUUUGGAGAAGGUUCAACGGAGGGUGUUGAGGAGACUACAGUAGAGACUCAUUGGCUGGAGGAACCUCUCACUGCAACACAUGAAUUAGAGCCCACAGAUCAAACAACACCAGGGAUGCAUGGUGUACAGUAUUCGGAUACAACUUCAGAUUUAAAAGCAUCCACCCCCACUGAAUCUCCACCAUCACCAACUUCAAAGCAGACUAUUGUGCGUUGCAUCUACGUGGCCCCUGAGCCUCCACUGGAGACACCUACGCCCACGCCAGCUCCUUCAGUGACCAUUCCUCCAGCGUCUCCUGGUGAAGCUCCACAUAUAAAGGGUGAAUACCCUAAAGAUCUUUUUUCUAUUGAAGACCGUAGACAAGGCUGGGUGAUCCUCCACGUGUUUGGGAUGAUGUACAUGUUCAUUUCACUUGCAAUUGUGUGUGAUGAGUUCUUUGUUCCUGCUGGGGUAAUAACAGACAAGUUAGCCAUCUCUGAAGAUGUAGCAGGAGCCACCUUUAUGGCUGCCGGAGGUUCUGCUCCUGAGCUUUUCACCUCCUUGAUAGGAGUCUUCAUCUCCCACAGCAAUGUGGGCAUUGGCACAAUUGUUGGUUCAGCAGUUUUCAACAUUUUGUUUGUGAUUGGAAUGUGUGCUUUGUUUUCACGGGAGAUACUACAUCACUGGUGGCCACUUUUCAGAGACGUAUCAUUCUACAUACUUGGCCUAAUCUUACUCAUCAUCUUCUUCUUGGAUAAUGUCAUAAUGUGGUGGGAGAGCAUGAUGCUGGUGGCCUGUUACACUCUCUAUGUCAUUUUCAUGAAGUUCAACAUGCAAUUAGAGCGGACCUUUAAGACUCUUUUGCUCAAAGACAAGAACAUUGUCAGAAUUAUAGCUGUGGAAAACACUGAAAAGUUGAAGCCAUCUCUUCAGCGAGGGGGAAGCUCAGCUUCUUUGCACAACAGCACCCUGAGAAACACCAUCUUCCAACUUAUGAUCCACACAUUAGAUCCUCUAAGAGAGGAUAGUGGAGGAAAAACUGAACCGACCAAAGAGCCAGAGGCUGCCCCAGCAAUGGAGAAGAAGGACCAGCCAGAGGACAAGAAGGAGGAUUUGCAAGCAGGAGACAAUGGGUCAGGAGGCUCUGACAGUGAUGAAGAUGAUAGCAAUGAAGACAGCGAUGAGUCCAGUGAAGAAGAAAAUGAUGAGGAGGAGGAAGAUGAAGAUAAGGGGAAGAAAAAUGAAGAGGAGAAAGAAGAUGAACCUCUGUCUUUAGACUGGCCUGACACACCACAUAAACAAGCCACCUACCUCUUCCUGCUACCCAUAAUCUUCCCUUUGUGGCUCACAGUUCCAGAUGUACGCAACAUGAAAUCCAGAAAAUUCUUUGCGGUCACCUUCCUGGGCUCUAUUCUGUGGAUUGCUAUCUUCUCCUACCUCAUGGUGUGGUGGGCCCAUCAGGUGGGUGAGACCAUCGGCAUCUCAGAGGAGAUUAUGGGCCUGACUAUCCUGGCUGCAGGCACGUCAAUCCCUGACCUUAUUACCAGUGUGAUAGUGGCGCGUAAAGGCCUGGGGGACAUGGCUGUGUCCAGUUCAGUGGGCAGUAACAUCUUCGACAUCACAGUGGGUCUUCCAGUGCCAUGGCUCCUGUACUCAUCCUUCCAUGGUUUUGCUCCAGUUGCCGUUAGCAGCAACGGGCUCUUCUGUGCCAUCGUGCUGCUCUUUAUAAUGCUCCUCUUUGUUAUCAUCUCUAUUGCAUUCUGUAAGUGGAAGAUGAAUAAGCUGCUGGGUUUCACAAUGUUCCUGCUUUACUUUGUUUUCCUGGUGCUUAGCGUGAUGCUGGAAGAUCGCAUCAUUAUAUGCCCAGUUUCUAUCUGAAUGUGUGAGCAGAAGCUACAGCGGGCAUUCUCUUCACAGAAGCACAACUGUUUUAUUCAUACAUGUACAUAUAUCAUGUGUAUGGGUCUGGAUAUCUGUAGAAACUGUGCAGAAGGCUAGCUGCAUUGCUGCCAGUGACAAGUGUCCAGUAUGUCUGCAACAAUACACAUACAACAUUUUCUAGAACUUGUUACAUACUCACUUUAAGUAACAAUGGCAGCUUUUACAUACAUUUUUAUUACAAAACGACACAGAACUGUUGACUGAUAUAGUGUAGCAAGUGUGUAAACAUGAGCUCUAAUAGAGUAUUAAAAUGAUUUCACUGUUGACAAUACAGCAUCUACAGAAUGUAACUAGAAAUCUAGAACGUGUACACAUUUUGGAAAAUGUAUGUGGUUUCUAAAUGAGGAAUUUGUAUAAUAUGUACAGUAGUUACACACAAAAACUGUUUUUAUAUCAUUCAUUAAAGAGAACGUAAGCAUUCUUGAACUCACUGUUCUUUCACGCAUAUCAGUUUUUA